CGCCGCGUUACCCGCCGGGCCGCGUCGCUGGAGGCAACGGGCCGGAGCGGCUCCGCCACCACCGGGCAAGGAUGAGUCUGUUUGGAUCGACAUCCGGGUUUGGUACUGGAGGUACCAGCAUGUUUGGCAGCACAACUGCGGAUAACCAUAAUCCAAUGAAGGAUAUUGAAGUAACAUCUCCACCUGAUGACAGCAUAUCUUGUUUAGCAUUUAGUCCGCCAACACUGCCGGGUAAUUUCCUCAUUGCAGGAUCAUGGGCAAAUGAUGUUCGCUGCUGGGAAGUUCAGGAUAAUGGACAGACAAUUCCAAAGGCUCAGCAGAUGCACACAGGGCCUGUACUAGAUGCCUGCUGGAGUGACGAUGGGAGUAAAGUAUUUACUGCUUCCUGUGAUAAAACAGCCAAAAUGUGGGAUCUCAACAGUAAUCAAGCUAUUCAGAUUGCACAACAUGAUGCUCCUGUGAAGACUAUCCAUUGGAUUAAAGCACCAAAUUACAGCUGUGUGAUGACAGGAAGCUGGGAUAAAACUUUGAAGUUCUGGGAUACCCGCUCACCAACACCGAUGAUGACAUUGCAGCUUCCUGAAAGAUGUUAUUGUGCAGAUGUGGUUCAUCCUAUGGCUGCUGUGGCCACUGCAGAAAGGGGUUUGAUAGUUUAUCAGUUAGAGAACCAACCUUCUGAAUUUAGAAGAAUAGAAUCUCCUCUUAAACACCAGCAUCGCUGUGUUGCUAUUUUUAAAGACAAAGUGAACAAGCCUACUGGAUUUGCCCUUGGAAGUAUUGAAGGAAGAGUAGCUAUUCAUUAUAUCAACCCUCCAAAUCCCGCAAAAGAUAAUUUCACUUUUAAAUGUCAUCGCUCCAAUGGAACAAACACAUCAGCACCUCAGGAUAUCUAUGCUGUAAAUGGGAUAGCCUUUCACCCUGUCCACGGUACUCUUGCAACGGUAGGAUCUGAUGGUAGAUUCAGCUUUUGGGAUAAAGAUGCACGAACAAAGCUAAAAACAUCAGAACAACUUGACCAGCCAAUAUCUGCUUGUUGUUUCAACCAUAAUGGCAAUAUAUUUGCAUACGCUUCCAGUUACGAUUGGUCAAAGGGUCAUGAAUUUUAUAAUCCACAGAAGAAAAACUACAUCUUUCUGCGAAACGCAGCGGAAGAAUUAAAGCCUAGGAAUAAGAAGUAGUGAGUAUGAGUCUGACUUGUGUUACUCUACUGUUUUCUGCCAUUCCUGCCUCUACUCCACUGCUCUUCUGCCAUUUGUGCCCUGUUGCACCACGGUUCAGUCAACUUUGGAUCGAUAACAUUUAGCAGGAACUGUAAAAAUUACAUUAAAUGUAUUCUAACUUGCUGGAGAACAUUUUUCAAAUUAGAUACUCCGAUGUGUGUAAGAAAGAGAGGCUAGUAUUCAUAUGACUUAUCCACUGCCUGUUCCACAGCAAUAAUAAAACUGCAGCAGAAUCUAAAUCUGGGCUAGAUAUUCCUGCUUAGAAUUGCAACCAUUUGUAUCUAUGGAUUUAUUUUAUUAGUACUACAUUAAAAUAUGUUAAUUGUUCUGGAGAAGUUGUAUAAAUACUGUAUUUUUUGUAAGUACUUGAAGAAUUGCAAGUAAUUCUUCUCAAAGGAGGCUUAUUACUUAUUAUUCAGGGGUUCUUUUGUUGCUUUCUGAUUUUUAAAAUGGGAAUAUUGUCUUCUGUAUGCCAGGAAGAAAUGCCUUGCAAGUUGUUUUCCCUCGUUUUUUGAGUGAAUUUGGUAGGUAUGUAAGUGGCCAACAGCAGUGACAGAAACUUGAGACAGAAGAUGGGCACAGUGCAAAUUCUGCUUUAGUUUUUUCUUAGACUCUAGCAAUGGACGUGACUUUUUAGCCAACGACACUCAUGUUUAUUCUAUUUGAAGGAGAAAUUGCCGGUUGUGCCAAGUGAUAUAUAGUUAAGUAAUCUAAGCAAACCAUUAACGGUUUUGUUUUGUUUUAUGACCAAACCAGUGUGUGCAAAAUACUUGUGGCCUGAACUGCUUUAAAACUGACACCUUUUAGAGUUAAAAGUUGGUUUGUUUACAUCUCUCUUAACAUGGCUUUUGUCCCUUAACAGGGGGUUCUGGACUGAAAAAAAAAAAAAGUACUCAUUUUUGUAAUAACUAGAAAAUAGUGCUGGUGAGUUUCAUCCUGAUCAAAAAUGCUGUGAAACAAAACAAGUGGGUCUCUUUCUGACUUGAAUCUACCACUGUUUACUCUUAACUAGCCAGUUGUAUACAUGCCAAAGUUUUCUUUUUGGAAGUGAAUGCUUAUUAUUCCUGUUUCACUAUUGUUUGAUAACGACUAAAUAAAAACGAGGGGGCGCAUGUAUAGAAAUACCUGUCCUAUUGUACAAAUUCUCUGUAAAACUGUAUGGUGUAACACUUAUGGUUAUGGAUUCAUGCUACAUUUCAAAUAAAAUUUUUAAUAAAUGCUUUUUUAUAUUCAAAAGUUCUAUUAUAAUAACAUGGGCAAGGUUAUUAUAAACCUUCUAAAAGCAGCAUCUUGUCCUUUCACUGUAAUUCAGAUACAUUUUCUGAAAGCAAAGUACUUUUCCUCCAGCUGCUUAAGCUGGAAAUCUAAUGCAUUCCCCAGUUCCUGUUUCUUUAUUAAUAAUUCCUGUGGUUUUGCGUCAAACAAUUAAGAGGACUAGUGUGAAAGGCCUUUUGUUUUAUAAGAAUUAAUCAAGUUCCUUGCUAUCUCAACAGCCAAACACCUGACAGUUUGUCAUUAGUACAAAUGAAUCAUACUAUCUUCAAACGCUCUAUAGCCUGCUGGUCCUUUAACUUCUGAAUCUUCUCUCUAUGGUGUUCAUCAGGUUUUCUUGGGGCUGCAUUUCUUGUUUGGUAUGGUCUUAUAGUUGCAUAGUUGAGCAAAGUCCAUGCAAUAUACUCUGCUGUUGUUCAGAGAUGCUCUAUUCUGGGUUUUAUUUCUCAAGAUAGAAGUAGCAAGGAAAAAAACCCCGUGUUUUACAUGGUUUUAGAUUUCACAUUCAUGGACUCUUUGUUUUCUUUAAGAUAGGAAAGAGUUCCCAGCAGUUAUAUCAGUAGCCGGUCAGUUGCUCAAACACUUCUUUAGGUUUUGUUGAUUUUUUUUUUUUUUUUUUUUAAUAAAA